GAACGAAGCUAAUUGAUUAGUUAGUGCCACGAACACAGUCAACACAGUCGGUAGUCGUUCUUGUGAUUUGGCUGGUAAAGACUAAAGAAUUAGGCCAGAAUUGUACGUUAUUUCUUCAUUGAUCGCUUUAAAUUAUACAAUUUUCCAAUCAAUUAUGACUACGACAGGAGUUAUGAAACCAGACGCAGGACGUUAUCUAGAUUUAGACCAAUGUGGGUUUGUCCAAGUGAUGUAUAUUUGGAUAGAUGGAAGCGGUGAAUUCUUGAGAUGUAAAACGAAGACGAUGGACUUUGAACCACAAGUUCCAAGUGAUUGCCCAAUUUGGAAUUUCGACGGCUCCAGUACUGGUCAAGCAACUGGCGCCAAUAGUGAUGUUUAUCUACAUCCAGUAGCUUUGUUUCGAGAUCCAUUCCGCCGAGGACCAAACAAAUUAUUGCUGUGUGAGACCUAUCAUUAUGAUCACAAACCAACUGCAACAAACCUAAGAAAAACGUGCAAGGCAGUUAUGGAACUAGCAAAGGAUGAGCAUCCAUGGUUUGGUAUUGAACAAGAAUAUACUUUGCUUGAUACUGAUGGACAUCCAUUGGGUUGGCCAAAAGGAGGCUACCCAGAACCACAGGGAAAAUAUUAUUGUUCCGUUGGUACUGGAAGAGUUUAUGGUCGUGAAGUUGUUGAAGCCCAUUACCGUGCAUGUUUGUAUGCAGGUGUUAAAAUUGCAGGCACCAAUGCUGAAGUUAUGCCUUCUCAGUGGGAAUUCCAAGUUGGUCCAUGUGAAGGUAUUGAGAUGGGAGAUCAUUUAUGGGUAGCAAGGUUUCUCCUUCAUCGUGUUGCUGAAGACUUUGGUAUUGUUGUAACAUUGGAUCCUAAACCAAUGACUGGUGAUUGGAAUGGUGCUGGGGCUCACACUAACUUCAGCACUCUUGCAAUGAGAGAAGAAGGAGGUUUGACGUAUAUUUAUGAAGCUAUUGAAAGGCUGUCUAAAGUACACGACCUACACAUCAAAGCAUAUGACCCAAAAGAGGGAAAAGAUAACCUUCGACGUUUAACUGGACGUCAUGAAACUGCUGAUAUUCAUACUUUCUCUCAUGGUGUGGCUCAUCGUGGUGCUAGCGUAAGAAUACCACGUCAGUGUGCUGAGGAUGGCAAGGGUUAUUUGGAAGACCGCAGACCAGCUGCUAAUGCAGACCCGUACGGGGUUACCGAGGUUGUCGUGCGUACAGUCUGCGAGAUUAAGGAUUAACUUGCGAGAUUAAGGAUUAACUUGCGAGAUUAAUGAUUAACUUGGUUAUUUUGCGCACAUUCGAAUGUUGUUUGACUUUCAACAACUCGUACUGGCACAUAGUAACUAGAAUUUAGACACAGCGACGAGCAAACUUAUGUACAUCUAAUUAGCCAUGUUCAAGCACGUGAUAUACAAAAUGUAGAUAAAUGAGACUUCCUCUUGCAUAUGUAUAUAUUUAUAAAUACUAGUUUGAUUGUAUUCCUUUGAUACAUUUUAAUUUGUUGCACUCCAAUAAAUCAAUUACCGUAUCCAAUAAACAAAAUCCUUCAUCUUU